UAUAUCUAUAUAUAAUUAUAUUGUUUCUCUCUUUGAACAGAGAAUUUUUUUGAGAUUCAGAUCCAACCCGUCUUCUUUAUUUCCGCCAUUGUUGCCAAUUUGGAAUUAGCUUCAGACCUGACAAAAAUGGCAACGGUGUCGCCUUUGGCCAAAUACAAGCUCGUCUUCCUCGGCGAUCAAUCCGUAGGCAAGACCAGUAUCAUUACACGCUUCAUGUACGACAAAUUCGACACCACUUAUCAGGCUACAAUAGGCAUCGACUUUUUGUCGAAAACAAUGUAUCUUGAAGAUCGGACAGUUCGUUUGCAGCUUUGGGAUACUGCAGGACAAGAAAGGUUCAGGAGUUUAAUUCCAAGCUACAUCAGGGAUUCUUCCGUGGCAGUAAUAGUUUAUGACGUGGCUAAUAGGCAGUCAUUCCUCAACACAAGUAAAUGGAUUGAGGAAGUGCGCACAGAGCGGGGUACUGAUGUCAUCAUCGUCCUUGUCGGAAACAAAACUGAUCUUGUUGAUAAAAGGCAGGUUUCUAUAGAGGAAGGAGACGCCAAGUCUCGUGAGUUUGGAGUUAUGUUCAUAGAGACCAGUGCAAAAGCAGGAUUUAAUAUCAAGCCUCUCUUCCGUAAAAUCGCGGCUGCCUUGCCUGGGAUGGAAACGCUUUCUUCCACAAAACAGGAAGACAUGGUCGACGUAAACCUUAAGCCGACAGUCAACUCAUCACAGACGGAACAGCAAGGAGGAGGUUGCUCAUGCUAGCCUCUAUACUCGUUUGUCAUGAAAAUUGGUUCAACAUUAUGGAAGCUUUAAACCCUUUUUUUUUUCUCACUAAGCAAUUCAUUUGUCAUAAACCAGUAUAGCAUUGCUCAAUUCUUUACAAAAUCUCGGUUACAAUUUUUGUCUGUAUUUCAACUUCAUUUUGUUUUUAGAUGCAUUGUCUUCGAACUUCAACUUUCUCCCUUGCUAUAUAUAAAUUUAAGAAAAAAUCUAUGUUAAGUUAA